AUGGAACCUACUCCUAUCGCUGAGGACUCUCCAGCCCAUGACACUCCCAACAAUAGAGCAUUGCUGGUCAAAGGGCUACAGGAUUCUGCUGCUGCAGCCAUCGAGUACCUUCAUACCUCAGCUCUUCCGGCCCAAACCUGGUCUCUACCUGCAAAGGUGUUCCCGGAGUCCGUGCUCAUUCUCGCCUCCUGCAUCGUUUCGGGGAAGGAAGACGGAGUACGGACAAUCAAGCUGAACAUUGAGAUCCCAGGUGUGAACCGUCCUCAGUCAUCGCUCAAUGCUCUUCUUGAGUACUGCUCUGUAUUGGGGAGGAGAGCUUUUGAGCAAUCCUGUGAAGGCAUGCUGCGGGUCAGUAGUCUAGCUAUAUCUGCAGAGAAAAAGGUCGAGCGUAUCAUGCGCCUGGUUGGCCGUUCAGAUCGUCGUGCUCUCCUUUACGCCGAGCUCAGUGCUUUCCAGGGUUUGACUUCAGACCUAACAAAGCAUGUCGACGCCAUUGGUAUGGCGUUUAAGGAGUGGUCCGAUUUCACUGAUAACCUCAGGGUCCACCUUGGCGACGAGUUGGGUGUUGAUCCAACUGAGGAUCUUUCUAAUGACGACCUCAAACUUGCCCAGGACAUUUUUGAACGGGCGGAGCAGAAGCUCGACAAAGCUCAGGCUCAAUACCAGGACCAAGAUAGGAAGCUGACUGAACUGCUUACCAGGGAGAUUCCCAGAGUUUGUUCACCGGCAGAGAUUCUUGAGAAGCUCUCGGAGAUUAUCCCUCAAGACAGCGAUAAAUGGCCCGGCCUUAGAAGAAUCUGGAGAGCUUUCUGGAGUGGCGAGAAGCGCACCGAGAGGGCGUUCGACGAUCGACUGAAAAUGCACAUGCAAAGCCUAACAGAGGCAAUCAAAAUAUCAUCUGCAGAGGCCGAAAGGGAGCAAAUCGCUUUGAGAGAGCAAACUGAAGUCGUCAGCGUCAAAAUCAAGAAAGCAGAAGCGGACCUGGACGUCGCAAAGCAAGAGUACGCAGAGGCUUCUGAGAAUCUGAUACGAGUCUCCCGCAGGGUUUCUCAGCAAAACCUCCGGUUGUUGGGUGGAAACAAACUUGAUCUGAAAGCGAUUCAACAAAUCCUAAGUAAAUCAGCCCAGCAGCUCAGGAUCCUUCGGCAGCGAAUCUCAACCCUCGCAACCAUGUUCACCGAUCUGUCGAACCUGAUAGAAAAUACCAUUCACAAAUACGAGAACUUCCAGCGUGGCCUGCAAUUGGGGCAACGAUACAUUCGACCAGGCCUUGACGACAUGGAGAAUUUCAGCCGCACAGACUUGGAACUAUACAAGAGACAACAUCAAAAGCUUGAAUCCUGGUGUACAAAGUCUGUCCAGGAGAUUGAACAACUGACCCUUGAGGGCCAUAUAUCGCCAUUCCCGUUCCACUGGGUCAUGGGAUCAUCUGAAAAGAAGAAAUUUCCAGCAGCCACAUGCAUUGUCAGGCGCCUCCCAUAUACCAAGCAGUACUGA